AUAUUGUUAGACCCAUGCCAUCUGCUCCAUGUUAUUAUAGGCGGCUUUAGAUUGAAAGCAGCACUUCUGUGGGUCCCUUUCGCCCAGACUUUAGCCUCAGUAGCUUCCUAAACAUAGUCCAGCAUGCCAAACUUAAUCGGGGGCACCUCCAGUUUUUGUUUUUUCCUACAAAAUAGUCAGAGCCUGCCCUGUAUUUUAACAUAACGGUACGUGUAUCGUUGCCCGGUGACGUCAGCGUCCCAGCAAAAGAGUCCCCCUUUUUUUAGCAGUCUGUGGACAGGAUGCUUUUCACUCUCAGCCCGGACUGUUGCAAACACCGCUCAAGCUUUCUGUGCAGAUGGCUCGACUAAAUGUGAAAGGUGUAACGUUAGCUAUCGGGCGAUGUUUCGAAGAGCGGCGGUGUUAAAGAGAGCCGACGAUGAAAACGUGGACUCCGGAGCUGAAACUGCCGAAUCUGACUGCAGCAGGAUGUCAUCAUCUGGCAUUGAGCGUAUGACCAGUCGGGUCAGGCAGCAGCGGCAGCAACAGCUCCUGCUAAUGAACUUGCAUCUGCUGGCCAACCCUGGAGACUCACUGUUGCUGCAGCACACCCUGGAUCGCCUCCUCCAUUGGCUCUGUCCAAGCUUACACAUCUUCCAUGUGUCAGAGAGGGCCUCUCCAUUUAGAAGUUACACCCGCCUCAGUCCUGUGGCAGGCUACCCAUCUCUGGCCAUCACCUUCUUCCUCCAUGAGGCCUAUGGAGAGGAGCGAAUCCUCAAAGUGCUGGACUUCUUUCAGCGUCCACCCUGGCAGUACCACCACACUGAGACCUGCGGCAGCCGAACUGGAGGGAUCCACAUUACCUCCAGCAGCUCCCCCGCCAAUGCCAUGCUGCGGCCCUACCUCCUGCCCAGCAGAGACUUCUAUAGUUUGGGUGCAGGUAUGCCUGUGUGGGGGGUUCGACCAGUCCACUGUGGAGGUGAAAUACUACGUGUGACACUGUACAGUGGAUAUGACAACUAUGAGGAUGCUGUGCGGCUCUAUGAGACAGUGCUGCAGCGACAGGCAGAGGAGCAGAAGACUGGCUUCUGCUGGUUCACUCUCCGAACAGAGCCCGGGCUGUGCCUGCAGCUGGCUUUAAAACAGUUGUCACCAGGGGUUAGAGUGGAGCCAUGCAGCUCUGCCGUGCUGCAGUUUAGUGUGGAAGAAAUUGGCCAGCUAGUCCCUCUGUUGCCCAACCCCUGUACCCCUAUCAGUACUACACGCUGGCAGACAGAAGACCUGGAUGGCAACAAGGUUCUCUUCCAGGUGAAAACCCCAGCUCAACCUCAGCGGCCUCUGACCUGUGCUUUCCCCCUGACAUGCCCCAGCGUGUCCCCUCGAGGAAUGCAGCUCAGGAGCUUGGGACAGGGCCACAGCCUGUCGCCCUGCAGCCUCACAAUGCCCCUGCCCUGGCAAACACACAGGCAAGCAGGCCACAGGCCGCGCAGUGACCCUGUCCUUGAGAAGCUUCAUGGAGGAGGUGGUGGAGCCGAGAGCCAGGGAUCAGGAAGCUGCUGCAGCACCCCUCCAGGCAGCUCCUGUUAUUCAUCCCAGCGCAGCAGCCCUGCACCGCCGUCAACCACCAAUCACCCCGACUCUCCUCUGCGCCCCUGCAUCGUGCGUUCGCUCUCCAAUCUCCUUCUGGAAGAGGACGAGGAGGAGCCAGAGACCAACGUAGACACAGGAGUCCCUGUCUCACUGCACUCUGACACGGUAGUCAAAAUAAUUGCUCGCUCUUCUACCAUGGACCCUUUGAUGACUCACAGCCCUGAGAGACCUGCCGCUGUUGGGGCUUCAGCUGUUGAGGAUCUGGCCAAGGAGCUGAUUGAAUGUCUGCCACGGACACACAAACACCCUCAGGUCGCCUCCAGGACAUGGGGCUCCUCUAGAUGUGCAGAUGCAGCCAGGAAGGGCUGUGGCAGCAGGACUGUGGCAGCAGGACAAAGCCCCUCAAAAGAGCUCUACGUGGAGAACAGGACUACUGCUGAGCUGCUGUCAGCACACACAAACAAGGAGCCAGUCGAUGAGUUCUUCAUCUAAAUUCCUGCUACGAUGCCACCUGCUGUGGUAAUAAUCACAGUGCAAAAAAGCAUAACAUAUCACACAGAGGACAUCAACACAAGUUGGACAAGAUGAAAUCUUGGAAUACAGAAGAAACCAAAGUUCAGCUGCAGGUGACACUUUCUACUCUAAGUCUUAAAAUGAUUUGACUCGUCCCAUACAUUUCUACAAUAUACAGUACAAAUGUUCAAAUCCUACUCUCACAGAGCUGCCAAGAUAGCGGUAAGUGAUAUUUUAAAACAGUGCAGGUAAUAAUAUUCUUGAAUGUCGAAAUGACUUAUAUUUACAUCCAACUAAUGAUUUGUGCAGCUAUUGUGCUAGAAUGUAGCCAUUUGAAUAGCAAAACAUGAAGGAAAAGCUCUAUAUUAAGUUGUUAACUAUCAGGGUACUAAUGCCAGACUAGGUUUCUGUCACAUUACUUAGCUAGGCAAGCUAAUGUUUUAUUUUUUGACUGCUGUUGAAACAGAUGAUGAUCUCAGCGUGAAGGCACUCUUUGAUGUAGCUGUUGAUCGUGAUUAGAAAUCUGAUUUAGUCUGAUUGCUUUCCACAGCGCAGCACUGUCAGCCUGUGUUA